AUGGCACACUGGUGGUGGCCGGGUGGCGGAGCAGUGGUCGGCCGAAAAAAAAAAAGCGUCCGGGGAGCGGAGCGGAGGGCGGCCGGAAGCGGCGGCGGGGGCCAAGGAGGAGGCCAGGGGCUGCAGGCGGCGGCGGGCCGGGCAGCCGGCAGUGCAGGGAGGCGGCAGCUAGGCAGCGAGAAGGCCAGGGAGCUGGGUGCUUGGCGGUGUAGCGGGGCUAGGCUGGGCAGUGGCAGUGGAGCCAGGCGGAGCGGCUGGGUCGCACACGGGGGACCGGGAUCUGCAUGGCCGGCAGGGGCCGGAGACCGAGAGCUGUAUGGCCGGCGGGGGCCGGAGAAAUGGCGGCAGCGGCCGGAGAAGGAUGGAGGGGCCACCGACAGGGGCCGCAGGGGCCGGACUGACAGUUCUGACAGGCCUGUUAGUCCGGUACCCUGCGUUGAUGUGGAUGCAACAUUAAUGGGUAAAACUAGAAAGAAAGGGAACACACUUGCCACAAUUCAUAAGGUUUCAUGA